AGCGAGGCAACAACCGGAAGUGAAAGCGAAGACGAAAACAACAGUGGGUAAACCCAGAUGUGAUGGACUUGUUUCUUCAAGAACACACCGACUUUGCCACAAAUUAGAACGUCUUUCUCAAUAUCACCCCAUUUAUUUGAAAGAAGUUGUAAAGAAAAUAUGGAUUCUGCGAUGCCAUUCCCAGACACAAUCCUUCCCAAACCUUUGGUGAAGAUUGAGACAUCCAGUGCUGUACAUGUCCCUUCACAACCAACAAAACGUGUGUCAAGGACACAAUCACUGACAAGUCUGAACAAUAAAGGAACAGUUCUUCAGAGGCAAGCAAUGCCAAAGUACAGUUUCCAAAGCAAAAAGCCCAUGACUGCAGUGGUGUCAACGGCCAGUGUCACAGGCCCUCUGGACCAGAGUAAAACAGUCAGUGCAUCUGUAUCCAAACCUAUCAUUAAGGUAGAUCCUUUCCCUGGGACAGGUGCCCCUGACAUUAAACAGACCAACUUUGGUUUAAAUCUCAAGUCUACAGAACUGAAAAAGGUUUCUUCCCUUGAGUGUCUACCAUUUCCUGACACAAUAGGGAAUCAAAUAGCCUCCCUUCAAAACGAAAACGCAGAGCUAAAAGAUGAAAAUGCCAGAUUGAAGAAAGAAAUGGAAAACAUGAAAAGACAACUUGAUGUUCAGUUUCAAGUAAAUUCUGAGCUGAAAAAACUAUUGGUAGCAUCUGUGGGAGAUGACUUGCAGUUUAGAGUUGAGAACCUUGCAAGAGACAGAGCCCAGCUUUCUACGGAGAUCGGUACUUUUGCUAAAAGGCGUACAGAAGACUUUGAGCACAUAGACAAGGUCUCCAUACAAGCUGAUAUGUGGAGGAGCAAGUUCCUUGCCAGCAGGGUGAUGAUUGAUGAGUUAGCUUCCUCUAAGGCCUACCUAUCCAUGCUGUGUCAAGAAUCACAAAGUUCAAUCCAGCAGAUGUUGAAUGAACGCCAUGAGAUACGCACAAACCUUAUGGAAACCUACAAAACCCUCCAGCAAGUCAGGUCAGCAUUUGACCCAUUGAACUCCCAAAAAUCGAUGUGUGUGGCAUCCAAUAAUAGUCUUGAUUUGGCCCGUGCUAACCAGCGACUGAGUGAGGCCAUUCGGUAUCGACUGUUGCCAAGCCAUAUUGCUCUAGACUCUGUUGUUAACAUAGACCAUUGGACAGACAGAUUAACUCUUGCUGAGUCACGUGCGAAUGAGUUCCUUUCUAAGAAGAUUGACCCAGAUGAUAUUCAAAACCAUAUCGCCAAUGCCCUUCGUGAUCCAUGCAUUAAUGUUAUUGAUCGCUUCCACCCAUUUACCCGCUUUGAUAACUUGACCCUAAAUUGUUGUGUCAAAUGUCAAGGUGAAAUGUUUGCUGUUUAAGGCUGGACCUUUGUACUUGUACGAUGAAAGUGAAGAUGUAAAGAUUUAACAAAAGGUGCUAGCUGGUUCUAGUGAAAUUUUUAUGCUGUGCAGAUUAUUGACUAUUUUGUUAUUAAAACAUACAUAACGUCAAGUGUGAGUGUGGCAAGUGUGAGUGUGGCAAGUGUGGCAAGUGUGGCAAGUGUGAGUGUGGCAAGUGUGAGUGUGGCAAGUGUGAG